UUUAGAAGCAAAAGACUGUCAUUUGACCAAAUAACAACAGAGAUUAUUUACGUUUUUUAAUUCAAAUAACUAUUUUGGAACUGAAAAUGUCCAAAAUGGCCCAAGUAGUUGAAGGUGAAGCAUCAGAGUCAGAUUCUGAAAUCGAGGAAGGGAGAUCUCCUGAUUCGUCCGCCUGUUCCAAAGCCUUUGUGAUAUCGGGAGAGGCCCCGGAAUCUGAUGAUGAGUCCAAAAUCCAGUCUCCGAGCUUAGAUGAGCUCGAUGCUCCGCUCCAUACAUCCAUGUUUCCAGCAUCACCGACUAAACUGAUGCACAACUCUAUAUUACAUCAGAAACUGUGGGAAUGUAACGUAUCUUUGAGGGCAACCAUCGAGGGUCUGGUGAGGAACAGCACAAGUAUCUGUGUGGAGAAAUUGAUGACAUCGGACAGAAUCCUGCUCAGUGUACAGGAGAGUAUGAGAGCUACUAACGCCAACCUCACGCUGGCGAGGGCUCGCCUGAAACAAAUACACGAGGAGCUGGAGAAAGCUAACUGUGGCAGCGCGCUGCCUACCGUUAAAAUUAAGUGAUUGUUAUAAAGAAAAAAUCAAUUAAUAAAUAAUGUUUGUUGGCA